CUGCUGCUAUUUUUGUAAGAAAAAUUCUGCAACCAAAGAUGGCAGAGAUGUUAGGUGAAGUCUGAAGUCAGUCACUUAUGCAAGAACUUGGUCAGGUAAAGGCAAGAAAACUCAAGAAACAGAGCAGCUUGAUAGCAGCCGCCGUCCAUGGCUUCGUGGCACCUCCUUCUACUACUCUCCACCGUUGCGGCUUCGCUCUGCGCUGCGGUUCUCGGCCAGGGCGGCGGCAAGCCCGUGCUGCCGGCGGCGCCAGACUGCUCGACGGCGAACAACUACACGGACGGCAGCCAGUACAAGAAGAACCUCGACGAGCUCCUCGCCGGCCUCCCCGCGGCCGCCAUAGGCAACGGCUGGUUCUACAACGGCACGGCGGGGACACCCGGGAGUGCCGACCAGGUGUUCGGUCUAACGACGUGCUACGCCGACCGCAACGCGACGCAGUGCCAGGACUGCCUGGCGGGCGCCCCGGCGGCCGUCACGACGGCCGCCGUGUGCCCGGGCAGCCGGAGGGUGCGCGCCGCCUACGACGCCUGCGUGCUCCGGUACUCCCCGGCGCCGCCCUUCGCCGGGACGGCCGACCUCGACGUGCCGUUCUUCGUGACCGCCGUCGCGCGAGGCGGCCCCGCGGUCGACCCGGCGGCCAUGCUCGGCGCGUGGCUCGCGCUCAUGACGGACCUCACGGGCCGGGCCGCGAGCGCGCCGUCGCGGGUGGCGAACGGCACCACGCCGUACAAUGGCGAUCGGUCGUCGCCGGUGUACGGGCUGGCGCAGUGCACGAGGGACCUCAACGCGACGGAGUGCUCCCGGUGCCUCUCGGCGCUGGUCGGCCAGCUCAGGACGCGCUUCACCAACGAGACCGGCGGCGCCAUCAAGGCCUACAGCUGCUACGUCAGGUACCAGCUCGGCGCCUUCGAUAUCACCCUGCCGCCCAUGCCGCCGUCGUCUCCACUGCCGGGAGGGUCAUCGUCUUCUUCAAGAACAGGGCUUGUGAUCGGCCUUUCCGUCGGUUCGGUGUUAUUAUUGAUCAUUCUGGGCACCUUGAUUUGUCUCUCUCUGCGGCGGCGGCGGCGGAAGCGGAGGCAGGCUAAAAUUCUUGAGGGAGCAAGGGAGCACCAGCUGGAAGAGGGUGACUUCUUCGACGAUGACCCUGCAAUGGAAGAUGACUUCGAGAAAGGGACAGGGCCCAAGCGGUUCCGCUACGGCGAGCUGGCCAUCGCCACCGACAACUUCUCCGACGAGAAGAAGCUAGGGGAAGGAGGAUUUGGUUCUGUAUACAGAGGAUUUCUCAAGGACAUGAACCUUGAGGUGGCCAUCAAGAGAGUUUCCAAGGGCUCCAAACAGGGGAGGAAGGAGUAUGCCUCUGAGGUGAGGAUCAUAAGCCGGCUCCGGCACCGGAACCUCGUGCAGCUCAUUGGCUGGUGCCAUGGCGGCGGCGAGCUCCUCCUCGUCUACGAGCUGAUGCCCAACGGCAGCCUUGACACGCAUCUCUACGGCCGCAGGAAUGCCAUCCUUGUGUGGCCGGUCAGGCAUGAGAUCGUGCUGGGACUGGGAUCUGCGCUUCUAUACUUGCAUCAGGAGUGGGAACAAUGUGUCUUGCAUAGGGACAUCAAGCCCAGCAACAUAAUGUUGGACGCCUCCUUCGCUGCCAAGCUCGGCGAUUUCGGGCUCGCCAGGCUCGUCGACCAUGGCCGAGGAUCACACACGACAGUGCUCGCCGGCACAAUGGGGUACAUGGACCCAGAAUGCAUGAUCACUGGCAAGACUAGCGCCGAUUCAGACGUCUACGGCUUUGGCGUCGUCCUCCUUGAGAUCGUGUGUGGUAGGCGGCCUCUGGUGGCGCCGCAGGACGAGGAGGAAGACACCAUCCACCUGACUCAAUGGGUCUGGGACUGGUAUGGCAAGGGAAGGAUCCUUGACGCCGCCGACGAGCAGCUGAAGGGGGAGUUCGACCCCCGUGAGAUGGAGUGCGUGAUGGUCGUCGGGCUCUGGUGCGCUAACCCGGACCGGAGCCUGAGACCGACGAUCAGGCAGGCCAUCAACGUGCUGCGGUUCGAGGCGCCGAUGCCGAGCCUCCCUGAGAGGAUGCCGGUGGCGACCUUCAUGCCACCAAUCGGCGCUUAUACAUCUUCAGCUGUAAUAACAGGCGGCAGCAGCAGCAGCACUGGCACAUCUUCUGUUGUAACCGGCGUCAGUAGCAGCAGCGCUGGCACCACCACUCUAUCAGCAGGCUCUACUGAAACAUCAACCUUACUGAAAUGAAAACCUGAACGACAUUUUUUGUGUGUGUAUCAGAUCGACUGUAGUGUGAUCUCAGCUAGUUCUCAACAAUCUGUAGAGGCAUUUCACCAUUUGUUCCGAUUUUUUGAUGUUUCAGUAAUUUACAUCAAAAGCUGGCUAA